CCUCCCUCCAGCCGGCGCAAGCGGGCGGCGCGCUCCGGAGGGAGAGCUGGGCUGGAGGUUUCCUGCCCCUCGGCGCCCGCACCUGCCCUCCGCGCCCACCCCUGAGCCCGCGCCGACUGGGCAGCCGGGGGCGCCCCCCACCCCUCUCCCCCCGGGCCGGGGAGCCGAGGGGCAGCGCCGGAGCCCGGGGGGAGCGCAGCCUCGCCGGCCGGCCGGCCAGGGCCGGGGGCAGCUACGACGGCCCCGGCUUUUCUCCAGAAAGGGUUGAUUUCUGCGAAGGGAGUGUGGCGUCCAGGAGAAUCUGCAGGUAGGACACAUCCUAGAUACCUCUAAGUGGCCACACCCAGAGAGAGUCCAGGUGGAGGCCGCAGAGGGCCCAGGGCAAGCAGGGGCAGCAAUGGUGGGUCCUGACGGUGGCUGAGCCCCCAGCCCCUGGAAUAUGCAGCCCGGGGGAGCCCCAGGCAGCGGCGAGGACGCGGUGGCGGAGCGGGGCGGGAGGCAUGGUCUCCACCUACCGGGUGGCCGUGCUGGGGGCGCGAGGCGUGGGCAAGAGUGCCAUCGUGCGCCAGUUCCUGUACAACGAGUUCAGCGAGGCCUGUGUGCCCACCACUGCCCGCCGCCUCUACCUGCCUGCCGUCGUCAUGAAUGGCCACGUGCACGACCUCCAGAUCCUCGACUUCCCACCCAUCAGCACCUUCCCGGUCAACACGCUGCAGGAGUGGGCAGACGCCUGUUGCAGAGGACUCCGGAGCGUCCACGCCUACAUCCUGGUCUACGACAUCUGCUGCUUUGACAGCUUUGAGUACGUCAAGACCAUCCGCCAGCAGAUCCUAGAGACGAGGGUGAUCGGCACCUCAGAGACGCCCAUCAUCAUCGUGGGCAACAAGCGGGACCUGCAGCGCGGGCGCGUGAUCCCGCGCUGGAACGUGUCACACCUGGUGCGCAAGACCUGGAAGUGCGGCUACGUGGAGUGCUCGGCCAAGUACAACUGGCACAUCCUGCUGCUCUUCAGCGAGCUGCUCAAGAGCGUCGGCUGCGCCCGCUGCAAGCACGUGCACGCCGCCCUGCGCUUCCAGGGCGCGCUGCGCCGCAACCGCUGCGCCAUCAUGUGACGGGGACUGCGGGGCUGCGGCGGGGGGCGCGGGCGGGGCGGGGGGAAGGACCCUGACGCGCCCGGCCUGGCCCGCCCCCGCAGCCGCGCGCCUCGCGGGGAGGGGCGGAGGACGAGAGGGAGCCUCCUGCGACUGCCCGGCCCAGCCCCUCUCCGCGUCCGUCUUCCUGGGCCCGCCGCCUUUAGUGCGGUAGCUAGCGCCGUGCCCGGGCGGGCCCCAAGGGGCGCCUUGGCCUUUUGGGAUCGCGAGGGUGAGCGCGGGGCGUGGGGGUGGGGAGGUGCUGCCUUGGCCGGGGCCCCCACCCGUCUACUCCAGAGAGUGUGUCUGUCAUUGCCCUGCGUCUUCUUUCCCCGUGUCUGUCAUCCCAAGCGUCUGUUGGUCCUUAGCUGUCUUAUCCACCCUCCUGCCCCCAGCUCCGUUCACAGGGCUCUCAUUUCGUUCAUCCCCUUGUCGCAGAUCCUGGCAGCUUCUCUGUGAGGCCAGCCUUUGGACCGUCAGCACCACCGGCACAGGGCAGAGAGAUGCGGGUGGCCCAAGGACCGUAAUCGGGGUCCUAGGGUUGAGGUCCCAGGUCAGUCAGGAGGAGAAAGGCUGAGCUCUCCCCGUUCCAGGGAGAUCUCCCCGCCCAGCAGCCCCCAGAGACACAACAACUUACCUUCCAGCCUUAACUCGAUGGUCCAUCCCUGCCGGGUGCCCCUCAUCCCCUUCCUGACCCCAAAGCCAGAUCACCCCCUGGGUUAAAACUUUUUUUUUUUCCUCGACGGGAGCGUGGAGAGGGAAUCCCCCAAAGGAUAAAUUUAUUUCCACGAUGCCAGGUUCCAGCCCUCUAUUCCCUCCUGCGUUGGGUGGUCUGCAAGAUUGGGGGAUGUUGGGUUUGGGGGGCUGGUGGUGGGCAAGAUGGUGUCCCGGGGUUGGGGGAGAGCGGUUAGGUUGCGCUAGUAAAGACUCUUAUUUCCCCAUCCCACUCCAAUCUGAGUGCCCUAGACCCUGCCUGCCUUGAAUCUCAGAUUUCUCUGAUAAAUCUGGGGAGGGGCAGAGCCACUAAAAGAAUUAUGGGGACCCUUGUGCUUGAGGGAGAUAUGCCCACACCCCCACCCCUAUAUAGAGGCCCUCAGGAUCUGAUGCCCCCCUUGUCCCAACACCAGUUUGGCCCUAUGCCCUGACUCACUCCACCCCAUUUUCUCCGGCUGCCUGGCCGGUUUCUACCUCUCGUCACCGGAGCUGAUCACUGUCAGUUUUGUACCGAUUUAGAAAUAACAAAAUCCAUGAAGAUACUAGGAGCGGCCUGAGGGAUUACUGGGGUACUUGGAGAGUGGGAGCAAUGGUGCAUGUCCCCUGCCCCUGGCUGAGUUUUCCUUGAGGCUGAGUCCUGAGCCCUGGUGUGGUGGGAGGAUAGGAAGGUCCGUUGUUAGAAGAGGGGCAGAUAGGUCAACCCAGCCUCCGUGUAGCCCAGCUGCAGUGUGUAGACCAGAAAAUCAGGUAGCCCAGAGUGGUGAUGGAGCAGAGUCGGGGAGGGGGGGAGGGGUCAUGGGUAGGGAAUUUAUCCAGAUCCAAUGUGAGAGGGAAUCUGAUCCUCCCUUCCACUUCCCCAGCUGAUUCUCCCUCCACCUGUGGGGUGUAGCACAGCCCUGCAGUGACUGCCCUGACCUUGGCGGUCCAGUAUGCCUGGGUUCUUGUCCCUGCUGUGCUGCAUGACUUUGGGCAAGUGACCCGCCCUCUCUGAGCCUCCCUCUGAAACAGAGGAGGUGGCUCCCCUUCCCCACACCUUGGAGUGUCUGGGAGGGUAAGGAAGAGGGCCUGCCCCCUUUUAGCCCCUGCAUCCCUGCCCCUGGUUCACCAGGGGGAUGGGGUGAGGGAUGGCAGCAUCUCACCUGCCCCCAUCACUGUCACCCCCAGCUGAGGCACCUGAGGUGGGCAUGGGGAACCCAGGCCUCUGGCUGCCCCUUAUGGGAGCCAUUAGAAUGUAUCGCCUGACCGGCCCCCCUCACUCCCUCCACUGCACUCCAGGUAUUUGAUUUUGAUUCCCUCCACCCCCAUUCUGAGUCUCUGUCCUCCCCGCCCCCCCCCCCCGGGUUUCCCACCACAGGGUCUGGAAGUGUGUGUGAUGCCCAUUGCGCUGUGAUCGGAAGUCAGAUUAAAAAUCAGGGAGUGUUUUCCCUUGUUUCUGUACAAGGUGUUGGCUCAGUUCCUGCCCUGUGAGGGAAAGGGCUCCCCUACAGGGCCUGGCUGCUGAGCUCUGCUGUGGAAGGACCGUCAGGGCGAUGAGGUUGCUCUGAGUCCCAGAGCCUGGGUCAACCAGGAGAACUAAGAAGAGUUUGGGACUCACCUCUCCACCUAACCUCUGAGCCCUCCCACGCUGAGCAAAAACACUGGAGGGGGAAGUGAAAGGUCUCCCCCGGCCACUCCCGGGAAAACUUUCAUAACUGGACUCAAUCCCAGCUCCUGCUGCUGUCUCUUUGUUCCCACUUGUGGCUGAGCUGCUGUGGCCCAUUCGCGGCUGUAGAUGUGAUAAGAACACUCUCCACCAUCCCUCUUGACUCCCAGUGAUCUCAGUUCCCAAAAUCCAGAGCAAAGCUUUGAAGUCCUUGAAGGCCUGUGUGUGUCCCUGUCCUUGGUGCUGACACACCAGCGGCUUCCAGGAGAGAGCGGCUGUCUGGCAAGGUUGGCGGAGCCUCAAGAGAAGAAACCUCUCAC